AUGACGGAACCAGAGACGUUCGACGACGAGCUCUUCGCCGAUCUCUAUAACGACGAUGAACCGUCGUCGGCAAAGCCGGCCUCCGCGCCAGCCCAGGACCAAUACUCAGCCGCCCCAGCGGCUGCGGAAAACCGCCAGUACGAAAUGACUGUCGACACGAAUCAAUAUCAAGAGCGAAACAACGGAGGGGAUUCGCAUUGGAAUAACGAACAAGGCGAGGACGACGACGAUGACGAUGUCGACUUCAACCUCGGAGACGGCCCAGUGGUUGCCCCUGCUGCGGGCGCACAUCACCACCAAGACGACAGCAAACAGAACUUUUUCCACAAUUCCCCCGCAGCUGCGGCGCCUGUCAAGGGCCCAAACUCUAAGGAAGACGGCUAUAUGCUUCCGCCACUGGACACUCCAACUGUUCGAGAGGAUUCUUGGGCGGAACACUGGCGGUGGACUCGGUAA